CAGAUGGUCCCCAGAAGAAGAGCCAUGUUCCCCUGGCAAGUGUGACCAAGGUGGGCAGGAGCAGUGAUGCUGCCCAGCAUGUGAGCCAUCACUAAGGUGACAGGGAGAAGCAGCAGAUUCCUCAUCGCCAUGGCAACGAGAUGUUCCACAAUGUGCAGUGGGGCAGGAUGCUCUGUGCUCCACGCAUCUGGCCAGACCUUGGGCGACUCAGGGUGCUGGGGACUGUGGGGAUCCUGACUUUGGUGCUUUGUAGCUGCUCAGGACAGCCAGCAUCUCCGCCGUGGGACCUGCCAGGCAGCUCCAACUGGGAACACCAAAGGGACCUCAUCUUCAUCCACAUGGAGAGCAGCCUGUAUUCACUGCCCUGCAGCCCUAUGGAGAUGGGGGUAGAGGAUCCCACCUACCACUGGGUGCAGGACAGGGCAGCCGCCAAGUUGUUCUCGGUCACCAAAGACGGACACCUCCUCUUCCAACACUUCCAAGCAGAAGACAGCGGGAAGUACUCCUGCACCAUCUCCUACACAAAGCGUGGGGUCCCUCUGUCCCAAACAUUUCGCUACAGCAUCUUUGGCUACCAUGUGCCCGGAGGCCUGGACAUUGUGCUGCUCUUCCACAGCAAGCUCUGUGAGGACGAGUGGACCAAAAGGUUCCUGCAGAAUCUACAGGAGAUGCUGAGGCCGCUGGAGUUCGAGCAGCACUGCAAACUCCAGCUCACUGGCACCUCCUGCUUCCCCUCGCUCAGUGACCCUCCCAAUGAGUUCAUCAUCCAAGUACAGCUCAAAGUGUCCCCCUUUGGGCCCCACUGGGAUGAGCACUGCAGGUCCAACAACAUGGAGAGUAUCACAGACUGCUACCGCAAAAAAGUGCAGCACAACCUCGAGCAGGUCCAGCUCGCCUUUACAACAUUCUUCAAGGAGCACAAGUUCGUCCACGUCACUGGUGCUGACAUCCCCAGCAUCCACUUCACCAAUGAGUUUGUCGGCUUCUUAAAGACUGAGGAGUGCGACGCGGGUUAUGGGCAGACCAAGCAGCUGCAAAGAUGUCUCGACUGUUGCAUUACAUGCCCACCAGGGAUGUUCAGCCCUCCUAAGAACAGGCAGUGCUUCCUGUGCCCUGUUGGGACCUACAGCCUGACCUACGGGGCAGUAUCCUGCACCCGCUGCAAGGACGGCACUACCACCAAGGAUCCGGGAGCCAACUCCAUGCUGUUCUGCGUCAAGGAGGAAAUGACCAAGCAGGUUGUCGCCGUCAUGCACAAAGUCCCAGUCCUGCUUCUUAUCCUCUUGCCAGUAUUACUAGGCAUCAACGUGCUCUUCCUCCUCUGCUGUUGUUACUGGUUCUAUAAAGAUCACCACGUGUCAUCUCCAAGGGCUUCCAAGAAGACAGGAAAGACCACAAGGAUGGAGAGGGUGACCAGGUUCUUCAGGAUCCCCAGGAAGGGCCCCCAGGCUGGGCCUGAUGCUGGUCCUGCCAGUGACACCAGCGCAUCUCCAGGGGCUGAUGACGAGUACACGCCUGGAGCACCAUCCCUUGCCACGACUCCGAACUCUGCAGCUGUAGCCGACGAGACAACUCCUAUGCUGGGAGUGAAGGACAGGAAACACGAUUUUUGAGAUUCCCUUCAUGUGCACAACACUGACAAGACAGCAUGCUUCCAGUCACCACUGUCCCUUUGGUUUGUGUCCCCAGCCACCCCACACAGGCUGAAAUAUCCAGCAAAGGAUCAGAGAGACGCCCUUCUUCUCCUCUCUGAAUUUUUCUUCCCAAAUAGCUCUGACUACAAUGACUCCUUUUGCUAAUAAAGAUUGGCUUCUA